GAACUUGUCAACCAUGAUCACAGCUUCGGGGAUCCUUCUUUCUGCUCAGGGUACGCGUAUCACACCAACGUGAAUGCCUGGUACCGAGGGGCCACCCAUCAGUCACACACCUCCAGCGCCUUACUGUCCCCAAUGUCCAUCACAGCGGCCUUGGUGAUGCUUUCCUUGGGGGCCAAAAGUGAUACUCACACCGAGAUCCUGACAGGCCUGGACAUCGACCCCUGGGAACCGUACAUGUAUGUGAUCUUCUCAUGCUACCAAGAUCUGAACGCCGUCUCGGCGUCAGAAAACUAUCAUCUCCCAUUGGUAAUCGGCACCAGCCUGUUCAUCGACGAGAAUCAGAAGCUAUGGCCUGAGUUCCGAAACCGUAUGAAAUACACAUACCACACUCAGGUCUUACCCAUCGCCUUCAGGGACUCCACCAGGGCCAAGGACCAGAUCAACAAGCACGUGGAGAAGGAAACUCAAGGACUAAUCCAGGAUUCAGUCGAUGAUCUCCCAGAAGGCACCGCACUAGUCCUUGUCAAUUAUAUCACCUUCCACGGGAAAUGGAGCGGUACCUUGGAGGGGAAGCGCAUCGUGGAGGAAGACUUCCAUGUGGACAAGGACACCACCGUCAGGGUGCCCAUGCUCAACCUCCUGGGGAUGUUGGAUCUGCACCGAGAACCGAAGUUAUCCAGCUGGGUGGUACUGCAGCAUCUUGAGGGAGGAGCCACUGCCUUCUUCUUCUUGCCAGACCCUGGGAAGUUCCAGCAUCUGGGGGACACCCUCACCUACCAGCACGUGAAUGACAUCCUGAAGUUCUCUACAGUGAGAUCGGUCAAUCUGUAUUUCCCCAAACUCUCCAUUUCUGCAACC